AUGAGACAUGUACGCUGUCUGGCGUCACGCCUCUUCGCCAGCCCUCUGGUUCAAGAAGGGCUGAAAAGAGGAAUUAGUGGUGCGUCGGGGGCCUCAAGCCGCGAAGCUCCGACCAUCCAGAUCCUGAGUCCUGACGCUCCGUACCUCGUCUUCUCCCUUGAGACUCUGAGCCGUCGGUAUCAACCUAUUGAGCCAAAUCAAGCCAGUCACGCCGCCUUUGCCAGUGCCGACGCAAAGGGCAAAAUCAGGUACUCAACGCAACGAGCAACACCUGAUGGAAGCCUCUUUUCAGCCACGCGACGCAACAACACCAACCAAGGAGUCCUCGACUAG